CCUUUUUAUUAGCUCUCUCGAUCACAUAAACUCUGUUUAUAGAUUCUUAGCAGAUAUUGCAGGUGCGUUUUGAUUCUUUCUCACUCUAUCGAUCGUUGAUUCUCGAAAAAUGGGUUUUGGGGUUGAGGGUUUGUUCGUUUGGUCGAAAACCAUGAAGAAAGUUUGUUUCUUUAUGUUCCUUCUCUGCUUAAACGCAGCGUCUUUUCUGGUGUCUGCUGAGUCACAAACGUGUCCUGCUGAUUUGGGAGGGAAGUGCAGUGAUUCUGAUGAGUGGCAAGGAGAGUUCUUCCCUGGAAUCCCUCAGAUUAAAUAUGAGGGACCGUCUAGCAAGAACCCACUUGCUUACAGGUGGUAUAACGCUGAAGAGGAGAUUCUUGGCAAGAAAAUGAAGGAGUGGUUUAGAUUCAGUGUUGCGUUUUGGCAUACAUUCCGUGGGACUGGAGGUGACCCAUUUGGUGCGGCUACAAAGUAUUGGCCAUGGGAAGAUGGUACCAACUCUGUCUCUAUGGCUAAGAGAAGAAUGAGAGCCAACUUUGAGUUCUUGAAGAAACUUGGAGUUGAUUGGUGGUGUUUCCAUGACAGAGACAUCGCCCCUGAUGGCAAUACACUUGAGGAAUCUAACAAAAAUUUAGAUGAGGUUAUUGAACUCGCCAAAGAACUCCAAAAGGGAAGCAAGAUCAGACCAUUGUGGGGAACAGCUCAGCUUUUCUUACAUCCUCGUUACAUGCACGGAGGAGCAACCAGCUCUGAGGUUGGAGUCUAUGCUUACGCCGCUGCUCAGGUGAAGAAGGCCAUGGAAGUGACACAUUACCUGGGAGGUGAAAACUAUGUUUUCUGGGGUGGCCGUGAAGGUUACCAGACGCUCUUGAACACUGAUAUGGAAAGAGAGCUUGAUCAUAUGGCCAGGUUCUUUGAAUCUGCUGUUGCUUACAAGAAGAAGAUUGGAUUCAACGGCACGCUUUUAAUCGAGCCAAAGCCUCAAGAACCAACCAAGCACCAGUAUGACUGGGAUGCUGCAACAGCUGCCAACUUCCUGAGGAAAUACGGACUUAUCAAUGAGUUUAAACUCAACAUUGAGUGUAACCACGCCACGCUUUCUGGUCACACCUGCCAUCACGAGCUUGAAACUGCGAGAAUCAAUGGUUUACUUGGGAACAUUGAUGCAAACACUGGCGAUGCUCAAACUGGAUGGGAUACAGAUCAGUUUCUAACAGAUCUUGGAGAAGCAACCAUGGUUAUGAUGAGUGUCAUCAAAAAUGGUGGGAUUGCUCCAGGAGGCUUCAACUUCGACGCCAAACUGCGAAGAGAGAGUACAGAUGUUGAAGACUUGUUCAUUGCUCAUAUUAGUGGAAUGGACACAGUCGCUCGUGGACUGAGAAAUGCAGCCAAGAUCUUGGAGGAUGGACGCCUAAGUGAAUUGGUGGGCAAGAGAUACUCAAGUUGGGACUCUGAACUUGGGAAGCAGAUAGAAGAAGGCAAAGCAGAUUUCGAGUAUCUUGAGAAGAAGGCUAAAGAGUUUGGAGAACCUAAGGUUCCUUCUGCUAAACAGGAACUUGCUGAGAUGAUCUUCCAGUCAGCAAUGUAAUAGUAGUAGUGCAGAAGUUGAAGUUCCUGCGGCUGAGUUUGCGGUUGCGGCUGCGUCUAUUCCUUUGGUUGUUCGUUUUGCAGCCGCAGACUCAGCCGCAGCCGCAGACGCAACUUGUUGUUCGUUUCUAAGACGCAGGACAUUGCCGCAGCCGCAGACGCGGAAAGUAGAUUUAGUUCUGUUCGUUUGGUUGCCGCAGACGCAAUUUUCUUUUAUUUCAUAUUUUAAUUUUAUGAAUUUUGUGAAUUUGUAAAAUUGUAUUUUAAAUAAAUAAAAUGUAGAUUUAAAUUUGUAAAAUUAUAUUUUAAAUAAAUAAAAUGUAGAUUUAAAUUUGUAA